AUGUAUUUAUCACCCCUCAAGGCGCUUGUUUGCUUGGCUUCUUUUGCUGUUGUGUCCGCCUCUCCGUCGAAAAGCAUAGAGCAGUCUUGCCAUAAUGUAGCAUCGGAUGGGUGGUCUAACCUUCCAUUAAAGGCGUCAAUCCCUGUCCAGCGUGUACAACUAAAGUUCCCGCAGCAUGCAGUAUAUCAGAUGCACGAAAAUGUGAAACAUGCCCGAACUAGCAAUCCUGACGGUUACGACAACGAGCAGCAGCAUUGGAUUGCGCUUGCGUCCGAAGGCUGGUCCGAGAUUAGUGGGCCAUUUCUAGAAGAUGAGGUCAACCGUCACCCUCACUUCAAUGCGUCUGUGACUGUGGACGGCCAUAAUUCCAAUGUCCAUUUUAUGGCAUUGUUUUCGCAGCAAGCGGAUGCCAUCCCUAUCGUCUUCCUGCACGGAUGGCCUGGAAGUUUCCUUGACUUUACUGGUCUUCUCGAUAUCGUACGCCAGAAUUAUUCUUCCGAAGAUUGCCCGUUUCAUAUCAUUGUACCAUCUUUGCCUGGCUAUGCCUACUCUGCCGGCUCCCCCGUGAGUAGAUACGCGGAUAUGUUCGCCGUAGCUCGGACCGUUGACGCAUUGCUCACCGGCAUUGGUCUGGGUAAUCGUUACAUUGCCCAAGGUGGUGGUAUGGGGGCCUCUGUUGCUAGGCUACUUGGGUCAUAUAGCCCCAGUUGCGAAGUCAACUCUCUCCCUCUUAUCUCCGGGUUACCCGACCCAAGUACCGAUACAGACCUUAGUGAUCAAGACCUUGAGAUUCUUAACCGAACUUCGUAUUUCAAGUCUCUCCAAAAGGCGGACAUCACAGACCAUGGAAGACAGGUCACUUUAGGAGUUGUUCCGGAGAAAGACCCGUUGUCAUUGCUGGCCUGGCUGAGUGACAAGUUCAACAGUUGGGUAGAUCCACAACACCCUGUACCCAUGCAAACAACCUUGAUACACGCUUCGGUCUACUACCUAACGGGGAUGACGACAAGUGAUUAUUACAAGCUAUCCGGUCUGGAUGCCCCUGAAGACAUGAUCCCUUUUGUUCCGAAGCCAUUUGGCUACAGUCGUUUCCCGUAUGAUAUCGAGGGCCUCCCUAGGAAGUGGGCAGCGACGCUGGGUGAUCUGGUAGGGUACAAUGCUCACGUUCAAGGCGGCCAUUUUGCUGCCUUGGAACAAGCAGAAGAUCUUUGGAAUGAUGUAGAACAUUUCGUUCGGACGGUUUUCCCAGAUGACCUUCUCUAA